AUGUACUUCGUCCACUCGUUUCUUGCAGCAGCCACUGCUGGCUUAUUUGUCUCCGUUAAUGCCUGGAAGCAGAUGGUCAACGACGAAGUUGUCACUGUUGUCCAGACUAAUACCCACUAUGUCUGCCCGUGUGAGACAAAUAUAUUCACAACCUCGAGCGCAGCAGGAGCGAUAGAGUGGUUCGAUUGGGACGGAUCCGGUGCAGAUGUUUCGCACUCCUUCGGCUGGAGCGGGCGCCCCACGAGCCUCCAUGCUACAACUCCUAUAAGCGAUCUGACCACCACCCGAGGCCAUCACAGCCAUCCUACGAGCGGUAGCGUCGAAGUGAGUUCAGUGACAAGAUCUCUCAGCGGUGGCCACGGUCAUGGUACAGAACCGAGCAGCAGCUGGUCCUCCUCCCAUUCAUCUGGGAGUCAUUCGACACAUCACCCCAGUGGGACAAGCACCACUUCGUCAGUGACCACAACCUCCACGACAUCCAGGUAUCACCACCAUACCACUUCCAGCAGCAGCUCGAGCGGCACGUCCACCACCAGCACCACAUCAAGCUCCACCACAGAAACGACGACGAGCACAAGCACGACAUCGAGCACUUCCACAACGACAACCUCCAGCACCUCCUCUUCCACCACGACGUCGAGCAUAUCUCCAAGCACAACUUCAACUACAUCCACGAGCACGACGUCCAGCACCUCCUCACCGACAACCUCUAGCUCAUCCUCGACCACCUCCACAAGCACAACGUCGAGCACGACUUCCACGACUUCGACCUCUCCUCCCCUCACCACGACAACUUCAUCAAGCACAAGUCCGCCUUUUACAAUUCCAACCACCACGCCGUCACCCACGACCACUUCCUCGACACUCUCCACGACAACUACUUCCUCGACGACAACAACCACACCUCCUCCCUCUACCACCACUGCCACCACCACCACCACUACUACUACUACUACUCCCAACUGCGACGGCCUGGCCGCCGGCCCGACCCCGGGCCCAGUCACCGGAUGCACGUUCAACAUCCUAUGCAGCACGCUCCUGACGGGCGCGCUGCUUUUGGGCGCUACGGGCGCCUCCGACGCCGAGACGUGCCUGACCGUGUGCGACGAGCAAGGCCCCUGUGGCGGCUGGGACUUCGACACCGUCUCCAACGUGUGCACGCUGUACCUGAACGUGGGUGCUGAGCCGAUCUUGGAGGACAAUCCGACCCAUGUCGCUGGCCAGCUGAUCUCCUGUUAA